AUGGAGCAUGACUGGAUUAAAAAACAUUAUGGUACACCCCCAUUUUGUUUUAUUUGUCACAGAUUGAUUUGGGAUGUAGGAAAGAUUGCAUAUUAUUGUAAAAUAUGUCACCUUUCAUGCCAUUUAGAAUGUAAUAAUAAAUCAAGUCACGUUUCAUCAUUUUGUAAUAUAAUUAAACACGAUUGGAAUAAAGAAUAUUUUGAAUCUAGUGGUCAUCAAUGCAAUGGUUGUUUAAAUAUUAUAAUAUCAUCAAAAGCAAAACCAUCUGGUUAUUCUUGUUCAAAGUGUAAUCAAAAGUUAAAUUAUAAAAUAAAUAUAUAUAUAUAUAUAGAAUUAAAUAAUAGUUGUAUGACACAUAAAAAUUGUAGAAAUUUAAGUCACAAAUGUGAAUCAUCAAAAACAUCAAUAUUACAUACAAUAAAGAAAUCUAAAGAGAGUAGAAAUAGUAAUAAUGUAAAUAGUGGUGAUUUUACAAAUACACUUAAAAUCAUGAAUAAUUUAAAUAGUUCAUAUAGUUUUAGUAGCGGUAGUAGUAAUAGCAGCAGCAGUAGUAUUGGUAGUGGCAGUGGUAGUGGUAAUGGUAGUAGUAUUGGUAAUUUUGAAGGUGAAUUUUCAAAUUUUGAUACAACACCAGUUCCAGAAUCAAAUUUAUCAUCAUCAACUUCAAUGAUAAAUAGACCACAAAGAACAAUUCAAUUAUCUGCAUCAAUUUCUCAUAUUAGUUAUGGUGCUCCAAUAUAUUCUGCAUCAACAACAUUAUCAAAUUCAACAUCAACAUCAACAUCAACAUCAACAACAACAACCAAUCAUCCAAACAUAGUAACAACACCACCAACAACACCAACUUCAACAACAACACCAACACCACUAGUAUUACAACAACCAUCAAUUAGUAUUGAUAAUGCUACAAAUACCACUACAACAGCAAAUAAUAAUGUAAAUAAUAAUAAUAGUAGUGGUUUAUCACCACAUAAUAAAUUACUUUCAAAAUCUGUUGAUCACUCACAUUAUAUAAAGAAUCAAUCACCAACUAAUAGUUUCACAAAUUUGAGAGAAGUCUUCAACAAAGAUAAAGAAAAAGAAAAAGAAAAUAAUUGUAAUAAUAAUAACAACAAUAAUAAUAACAAUAACAAUAACAACAAUAAAUGUAAUAUAAAUAAUAGUAAUAAUAGUAUUGAAGAGACAUGUCCAUCAUAUACUGAUUGUAUGUAUGAGUUGGAAAUAAUUGGUCUUUCAAAUUUACCAAACCAAAAGAAUAUAUUUGUUGACAAGAUUAAAUCAUUUUUAAUAAAUUUAUCUGAAAGAUUAUCACCAUUUUCAAACAACAACAACAACAACAACAACAACAACAACAACAACAACAACAACAAUAAUAAUAAUGGUAAUUCAGAAAGACAAUUUGUAGAUCAAAAUGAAGAAGAGUCAUCAGUGGUACCUCAAAAUAAUAAUAAUUUCACAGAUAUAAAUACAUUGAAAUUUAAGAAUAUUUCAGAGAUAAUAAAUUUUGAAAUGUUUUUUUAUGGUAGAAUUAGAAGUAAACAACAAUUUGAUUUAUAUAAAACUCAAAUGGAAUAUUUCUUAUUGUUAUAUAGUAAUCAAUGGGAUGAAGAGAGUGAUCCAAUCUUUAGAUUGGCAGUGGAUCUUUAUAAAUUUUUAUCAACUCAUAAAGUUGAUCCUGAAAAUGUUUUAAUUGGUAUGACUCCUUCAAAAGAUAUACAAAGAAGAGCUAAAAAAUAUUUUUAUUUAAAUGAUGAUGGUAGUAAUAUAAAUAAUAUAAAUAAUAACAAUCCAACUACUACUACUAAUAAUAAUAAUAAUAAUAAUAAUAGUAGUAGCAGUAGUAAUGGUAAUAGUAGUGUAAAUAGUAGUAAUAAUAAUAAUAGCGGUAGUAGUGGAAAUAAUAAUAAUAUUAAUAAUAGUAAUAGUAGUAAUAACAACAAUAAUAUAAAUAAAGAUAGUAAUAGUGGUAGUAAUACCAAUAUUAGUUGUAAUAAUAGUAGCAAUAAUAAUAUAAAUAAAGAUAAUAAAGAUAAUAAUGUAUCAAUAUGGGAUUUACGUAUUUCAAGAUCAUCACUCAUUGCAAAUAUUGAACAAUGGGCAACAAUUGAAAAUAAAGAUAUACUCUUUAAAACUGUUAGAGAAUUCUCAAAGAAAUUAGAGAAUGAAAAGUUAACAGAGGGUGAUAUAAUUAUCGCAAAGUUACCAAAAGGUUGGACACCAAUUGGUUCAAAUGGUCAAAUUAUUCCAAUGGUUUUACAAAACAAUAAUAAUAGUAAUAAUAAUAAUAGUUAUAAUAUUCAACAACAACAACAACAACAACAACAACAACAACAACAACAACAACAACAACAACAACAACAACAACAACAACAACAACAACAACAACAACAAAAUGUAAAUAGUUUAAAUAGUAAUAAUAAUGGUAAUGGUAAUGGUAAUGGUAAUGGAUUAAGUCAUCAACCAUCAUUAUCAUCAUUAUCAUUAUCAUCAUCAGCAUGUUCAUCACCAUUUUUAAGAUCACAAUUAUUACCAUUCACAUUACAAAGUAGUGGUAUUAAUUCUAAACAAAUUCAACAAUACCAAGAACAACAACAACAGCAACAAUUACAACACCAAAUUGAAUCAUUUCAUCAUGAAUUUGAUGAGGGCACAUUUAUAUUGGGUAGAUAUGUAAAGGAGGCGGACCCACUAGGAUUGGGAUGCUUCAUUUAUUUACAAGCUGAUGAGAGUACUCAAAUAAAGAUACCAUUAUCACGUGUUGUCUCUUUGAAAGCAUUGAAUAUUCAAAUACCAAUUAAUGAUGGUAAAAGAAUGGAAAGAUUAAUUGCAAAUCCAUUCGAUGCAUUUGCAUCGGAAUUACGUCAAGCUACAAAGGAUACAGUGAAACAAAGAUUACUAGAACAUGGUUAUGACGUUGACUCAAUCUCUCAAGCUUUACAAUUCACUAGAGGUGGUAAAUACGUAUCACUAGAUGAUUUAGAAUCUGUUAAAAAGAAACUAUCAAUACUAUUAACCUCUGCUGAAUUACCAACAUAUUUAGAAUCAAUUAAUCAAUUAUCAAAUCAAUAUACAUUAAAUUUUUCAAAUUAUUUAAAAAAACUUUUCAUUCAAGAAUUAAAAGGUACACAUAAUUUAUUCUUUACUAAUUUUAAUAUUAUUAAUAUUAUAAAUAAUAAUAAUAAUAACAAUAAUAACAGUAAUGAAAAUCAAGAUAAAUUAAUUAUAAAUGAUUAUAAUCAAUUAUUUAAAAUCAAUUCAAAUAAUACAACAACAAAUAAUAAUAAUAAUAAUAAUAAUAAUAAUAAUAAUAAUAAUAAUAAUAAUAAUAAUAAUAAUAAUAAUAAUAAUAAUAAUAAUAAUAAUAAUAAUAAUAAUAAUAAUAAUGGUGAUGAUUUUUAUUUUUAUGAAAUUAAAAAACAAUAUAUUAAAUUUAAACCAUGGUUAGUUAAUAUUGUUUCAUUGAUUAGAGAUUUAGAUAAUGGUGUAUUUAAAAAGUAUAGUAUGUCAUCAAGAGAUACUAUUCAAUGUUUAAUUACAGAAUGUGAUUUAGCAAUUGAAACCGUGAUUACAAAUAAUUCAAAGAUAUCAGAUGGUUCAAAGAAGAAGGAGUUGACCAAUUGGUAUUUACAAUUGAUUAGAGACUCAAUCGAUAGUUAUAUACGUGGUAUUGGCUAUGACCAAUUUGCUUUACCAGAGAAUUAUAUUGAUCAACCUCCAAAAUCGUUAUCAAAAGUACGUGAAAACCUUAGAAUCAUUAAUUUAGUCUUAAAACCAAAUACAAAGUUAGAAUUGGAACAACGUUUAAAUAAUUUAAUAUUACCAUUGAAAUUAAAGAUUUAUCAUUCGUUAGAUGAAUUUUUACAUGCUGCUGAAAUUUUAGUUUUAGAUAGAUUAAAAGAACAUAAAUCAAUAUUUGAAGCAAGUCCUGAAUUAUUAAAUGAUAUUAAUUUAACAAGUUCAACUAGUACAAGUAAACAAUAUAUUGAAACUGAUUCUUUGAAACCAAUUAUAACCUAUUUAAAAUCAAUUUAUAAUAAAACACCUUCACCAUCAUUAACUUCAUCAUUACCAAUAGUCCCAACAACUUAUACAACAACUACAACAACAAAUGUACAAUUAUCAGCUUCUUCAACAAUACCAAUGGUUCCAAUAACAACAACAACAACAACAACAACUCCACCACCACUACAAUCACCAAGUACAUUUAAUUUAUCAUCAAGUAUUGAUCAAAAUAAUCCAAAUCAUCCAAAUAAUCCACCAACUUUAACAUCUUCACCAUCUUUGACAUCUUCAAAUAUUAUGAAUCUAAUUAAUAAUAAUGUUAUUAAUAGUAGUCAUCUUGGCGUUGUAUUGAAAUUAAUUUAUUUGAUUGAAGAUGUAAUCUACAUAAGAGAUAUGAAAUAUUUAGAGGAAAAAUAUUACAAUAAUGAUGUACUUAUGGAAGUUGGUACAACUUCUGAUGUUAAACAAAUCAGUCAAUCAUUAUCACAAAUUGUUCCAAUCACUGGUUUGGUUUUUAGUAGAAUAUUACGUUUAAAACAUGAAUUAAGAACAGUUUUAGAAGUUUGGGAUUUAAAACCUUCUGAAAAUGGUGGUCAAAAAAUUAAUAGUAAUAGUAGUAGUAAUAAUAAUAAUAAUAGUCCAUCUUCACCAGUUUUAUCAGGUCUUAGUAAUAGUGGUGGUGGUGGCAACAAUUGUAAUAGUAGUAGCAAUAAUAGUGCAACAACAACAUCAACAACAACAACAACACUACAACCAGCACAAAUACCACCAGUUAAACAUUAUCAUCAUAAUAUUAUCAUUGGAAAGAAAGAUGACCUUUAUAUAUCACCUCCAACUUUAACAAAUAAUAAUUAUAACAAUAAUAAUAAUAAUAAUAAUAAUAAUAAUAAUAAUAAUAAUAAUAAUAACAAUAAUAAUAAUAAUAAUAAUAAUAAUAAUAAUUAUUAA